AUGCCUCGGCCAGGCGGGCGGUGUCUUCCCACUCCCGUGCGGCCUCCGCGCGGGCCUUCUCCAAAGCCUCCGCUCCCGCGCGACCUCCGCGCGGGCCUCCUCCAAGGCCUUCCGCUCUCCCUCCAAAGCGCGCCGUUUGUCGUCAUGGACGGCGCGCGUCGCGGCAAGGCGGGAGACAAAAACGCGACAAGCCGCAGUGAGCUGCGCUCUCUCCGUGGCCAGAGCGGCGGGCUCUGCCUCCCGCUGCGCCAUUUCCCCCACCACGGCCGCCUCCAGCCGCCCGAUCACCUCCCGGGCGCUCUCAAGCACGACCGGGAGAGGGUCGGCAGGCUGGCUGGGUGCUGGGUCCCCCGCGGGCCUCCUCUGGGGGGCUCGGGGCCCCAGAAAUUUGCCGCGCAAUCAUCCGCCCCGCGCUCGGCGCGCUCGGGCCAGACUCAGACGGCGCCGGCUGCUCCGGCGCGGCCUCUGUUGGCGGCUCGGCGCGGCACGACGUUUGAGCUUCUGGCUCCGCCGCCGCGCUCGCCGCUGUCGCGCUCACCAUCUCCAACUCCGCCACCACGCUGGGCGGCCCCGGCUCCGCCGCUGUGCUCGGCGACCCCGGUUCCGCCGCCGUGA